UUGACAUAAUCCCACCUGUUUGUAACGUGAAAACCACUUCUAUUUCUUGUAACGAUCCGUGUAAAUGUAGUAGAAUGAACGCUUUUGUCAUCGCAGAGUUAUGGGAUGAAGGUGACGGGUUAUCAGAAAUAUCAGCACAUACCUCUCCACCUAAUUCGCUGCAAUUGCAUGGGUUUUCUAAAGGACUAGUCAAAGCCAAAGGAACAGUUUCAGCAUCACUAAUCAUUGACUGCUGUCGAAAAAAUGUGACGAUUUAUGUAAAGGAUUUGAAAAAUCUGACUAGCUCAUGUGACAUAACAAUCGAUCCAACAUAUGACGCAACUAAUCCUUGUACAACUACAACCACCACAACCACUACAACAUUGAAACCUACGUCUACCACAACCUCCCUAAACCCAACGACUUCAUCCAAGUUGUCCGCAGGAUCAUUGUCUGCUUCAAACAAGGUUCUGGUAACUUCAACACAAAAUCCAUUGAUAAAACAGUCAGGACAGACAGGCAGUACCACAACAACAAUGACACAGAAUCCAUCAUCUUCUAAGGAAGAAAACUCUAGUUCUUUAUCUGAUGGUGCUACCUAUGGAAUAGCUGCUGCAGUAGGUGCAGUGACCCUGGCUGUGAUCAUAGGAGCAAUUGCGCUUAUUACGAAAAAACUUGCAGCAGUAUCACCAAAGAAAACGGAGGAAGAUUGA